AUGGUUCUAUUUACAUUGGUUUUCUUUCUAAUUCCUUCCUCACUUCAAACUACUGCUGGCAUUGUUGUUAAACAACAAGGUGCUCUCUAUCAUCAUGAAAGCGAUAUAGUUUCGCACGGAAACUUUGAAGAGUAUGCUUACAACACAUUAGAGUCAACAAACAUUGCCUCAUUCUUUGUCAACAAACAAUCUGAGUGUCCAUUGAAGUGUGUCAGCGAUCCAAAAUGUUAUUCGUGCAACGUUGCUGCGUACCCUGACUCUAAAGGACUUUACCUUUGUGAUCUUCUAGCUACUGACAAGUACAGGGAAAAAGCGAAAUUCAUCCCUGAUGCUUUCUUUCAUCACUUCGCUAUUUGGGUGAGUUCAAAUUUAUUCAGUCUUCAUUGGAGUAACAAUAAAUUGCAAAGUGCCAUUUUUUCGGCUCAAUCGACGUUUGGACCGAGUCCUUUUGGCAUUAGGGAUCCGAAAGUAACCUACUGCUUUGCUAACAGAUGUGUAUUAGAAAAAGCUACGUAAGCCAUUUAAUACAAACUCUUCGAACGUAAACACCCAUGAAACUAUUUAACUACAGACCUUUCUUUCUCUCGAUACUUUAGAGUCUAUGUCAUCAAGAACCUUGUAAGAACAACGGUGACUGUAUUCCUGAUUACCAACUGAACUCUUACAGCUGUCAUUGUAAUCUGGGACAUUUUGGAAUUCACUGUGAAAAUACAGGUAAGUGAAAACCAAACUCAUUAAAGUGUUCUUUCGUUUGGUAAUGCUGUAACUUGUUUACACGCGUUCAUGCGUUCCAUAUCAAGGUUGCAAAUAAUGGAUUUUGAGGUGAUGGAAAAAAACCGGAGUUUUCGUCGAAAUUGGUCUUGAGAUUACCGUUAAUCUUGUGGUGAGGGGAAAUUUUGGUCCAUUGUCUGUGGAAUCCUAUAGUUAUGGUCGCUUUGUUGAUGCAUAAAAUGGUUAACGCUAUGAUCAUCAAGUACUCUCUACCGUCCCUUGAUGCAACAGCAAGAAAUGAAAAGAGUCGUUGGGCUGCCUCUUUGUUGAAGUGCUGUUAAGUCGUUUAUUUAUUUAUUUGUAUUUAUAGAGAGAAGGGAAAGGAAGGGGGAGCGAUAGUGACCAAAAAACAAAAAAAUGGAAAUAAUGGAGGAGGGUAGGAAGAACCUGGACAAUCUCGAUUAAACAAUCAGUGUCAUACGUGAAGAAACUUUCUGUGCUAUGGUAAAUCCAAGCUAAAAUUCUGCCAUUAGGAUAUAAAAACUCUGCAUCUUGUUUACUGGCUUAAGUUAUUCACGUUCACUGAACUGAGCUAACUGAGCUAAGAGCAGAAAUUCUGCAUUUGCUGCUAUACAUCAUCCAAAACCCACGGCACUGAGCAAAGAAGCAGAAAUUUUACAUGAUUUCCUAAAUUCUAUAAUUAUAAAUCUACUGGCGAAUAUUCAGGAUGAGAAAAUUAGGCGUUUUGUUUAUAUCAACUAAAAAUAAAUAAUAAGCUGAAAUUCACUACAAUGAUUUAUACAAACAUAUACACAUACAUACACCACAUUACAGGUGGCCAUUGCGACGUUUGAAGGAAGCCUAUAUUAAGAGUCCCCUUAAAAAAAUAUAGUUAUGAGAACAACACAAGCUGCCCAGUUUUCAGUGGCAGUAAGCUUAAUUUGACAUCAGUAAAGAGGCCAUUGACUAUCAGAAAUUCAGUUUUUGCCCAAAAGCCUUCUAAGAGAGAUGCAAAUUUUCUGCAUUAUUCAUUUGUUGUAGUGUUGUUAGUGGAUUGACCUGACAAUAAUCAAGGCCAUGCAGAAUUUUUGCAUCUUAUUUAGGCCAAGUUGCAACAUUUGUGCAUCAUUCAUGUGUCGGAGUCGCUCUAAGGUAUUCAUAGUUCUGCAGCUGCUUGGACUUAAGAUUAGAAUGCCUUUUUUGACUGCAUAAAUUUAGGCCAUUAUGACUCCAUGCAUUACCCCUAAUUUGUCACGCAGAAUUUUAAUGUAAUAGUCUCUUCUAACCCUAACCCUAACCCUAACCCUAACCCUAACCUAACCUAACCUAACCUAACCCUAACCCUAACCACUCCCCCCCGCCCCCACCACCACCAUUACAAAAAAAAAAGUAUUCUAGUUGGAUUGCGUUUCAUUAGAUUAGUUAGGUCUUUCUAUAAUGGACUGUUACCAGGGCCGCACAUAAGCAAAAGGUUGCUUUGAUCUGCGUGUGUCCUCUACUUUAUUAAUGAGAAAUGCGGAUCUCGCUUUUUGUUGCUCUACGAUUUGCACCUUGAGUUUAUGUUGUGUGACUCGGCCGCCCAUGCUUUCAAACCUGUCGUUUACCGGCCUGCUUUGCGGUACAUACCGGUAGAGAUAUUUCAAGCAGAAAAAUCCAAAAGUUUAGACAGAUAAUAAAUUUCGGAAUUUAAUUUGGUUUCAAAGUUUAGCUAGAGCUCAGUUAGAGAAGACUAGUUUUGACUGAUAAAUUAUCUAACACUGAUUUCUGCUAGGUAAAACCUGCAGUGAAAUAAAGAUUCAGAGUCUAAACAUCCAAAGUGGGCCUUGUGUAAUUGACCCUGAUGGAGAAGGAGGCUACGAACCUUUCACCGUCCAUUGUGACAUGACUGACAAGAGUGGAGUUGGCGUGACAGUCGUUGGUCACGACAGUGAAGAUAGAAUUCUGGUAAAUGGAACUGAACCCAAAGGAAGUUACGCACGUGACAUUACUUAUAUUGGGACGGGCCUAAGGGGCAUUGCACAGUUAACUGGGCUUUCCGUUGUCUCUCUAAAUUGUGAGCAGUUCAUCAAGUACGAAUGUGCAGGAAGCAGACUUCUCGCAAACGGGAAUUCAUUUGGCUGGUGGGUAUCACGUGAUAAUGUUCAAAUGACGUAUUGGGGUGGAACCGCACCCGGUGAUUCCAACAAAUGCGCAUGCGGACUGACGAGUUCGUGUGCAGACAGCAGCAAAGGAUGCAACUGCGAUAAGAACGAUCUUGUCUUGCGUGAGGACAGCGGUCUUCUCAAUGAAAAAUCUCACCUUCCUGUGCUACAGUUAAGAUUUGGAGAUACGGCUGGAGUUAAUGAACAUGGUUAUCACACCUUGGGAAAGUUUAUAUGUUACGGUAUUGCAUAA